CCAGCCACUCAGUCAGGUGAUAGAAGAGAUACCACCGGUUUAGUCAGGUGGAACCGGAGAAAAAGAUAAUGCACCUUUUAAAGAACAAAAGAUAACUUGCCUUUAUUAAACAAAGUUGCACUUAUUUGUGACCAUCCUCUGAAAGGGGUUGUUUACUUACAUGCUGUUCCAGCCUGCUUUGUUCAGCACUGCCUCUGUAGGCCAUCACGUCUCUGGGAAGCAAUCCAAUGUGUUAGAAAAUGUUGCUUAAACUUUCUUCCCAUGAAGAGGAGCCCCCAGGAGUACCACUGAUGUGAUGCCCAACAAUAAAUUUAGUUGUUGUAGCUUUCUCACAUUCUUGGUGUUCCUAAAAGGUUUUCCUUCAAAUACACACACAACAAAAUCAACUAUAAAUAUGAAAUAAAUUUGCUUCAACACUUCAUAGCAUUUUAUUAUAAAUUCUACAGCACAUAUUAUAGAAAGUUUACAGCAAACUAUAUUAGAUGCUGCUGAAGAGAGAGAGCAGUAGACAGAGAGCAGAGACCUAUGGUUGUGUAAAAAUAAAUUUGCUAUUGAACUACUGUUAUGCAAAGGGAAAUAGCCUCUUCUGUGCUAUGCAGUAACUUUUGGAGACUCUGUCUCUUUGUCUAAGGAAAAAACAAAAGUACUGCAGUAAUAUCUAAUAAAACAGCUGUAGCAAAAUUUAUCAGGAAAGCCCUGAGUCACUGUCUUCCAGAAUAAAAAAAAAAAAAGAGAAAAAAAGAGAGAAAAAAAGACUUUCUUAUGAUUACUCCAUUUUGCAGCACUAUGCCUCAGUCAUCUAUGCAAAAAGUUUAUUUUUCCCAAUCAUAGCAAUUCCCAAGGUCCUACUUAUAUCCCCCAAACAAAGACUAGUUUCUUCAGGUCAGGAUUUCCAGAAUGUUUCACCCUCCUGUACUAGAUCUCUACACCUAUUUACAGGGCUGGCUUUAUAAUCUUUUUACUCAUUUCGCAACAGAGCUGCCAAAAUGUUUUGAAUUCUGAUGAAACUGAUAAAAUGGAUGCAGAUUUCUACUACCUUUGAAAUAUAAAAUUACAUGUAAUUGUUAGGUAUCCCAUCUUAAACUGUUUUGACCUUAUUUGAACUCCCCUUUUUAGCUAUUCUGGGCCUCUCUUAUCUCAUUUUUACUCCUGGCCACUCUUGCUCUUGCUUUCUGACAACACAGAUGGACAGCCUUGCACUAACUGAUAACUGCGGCAAUUUCUGAGCGCACUAUUCGGUAAUAAAAGAUGUUAUUUUCAGAAUUCAGCAGGCAUGCGUUAUAUUUAAACACACACCGAAGAUGAGAGGUUGAGCAGUAGCUUCAUGGGUGUAUGCUGUCCUAUGAGCCAUUGGACUUUACAGCUUUCAGUUUGUUGAUGCAUUGGUUUACUGGCUCCUAGGUUUAGUAAGUAGAGUUUUAAGAAAGAGAAAGUAGUCUUUUAACCAUUUAUGAGCUUGUAGCUUUUUAAGAUAAGCUAUUCUUAAACUUUCUCUUUAGCUUGCUAAUUAAUUGUCAUGUAUGUACUUCAUAAUUUUUGUUAUUUUUGCACUAAAAUGAACUGAACAUUGGAGGCUGCUUAGUUCAAAAUGGGAGCCCUGCAAAGGGUUAACCAGCAGAGAAUUACAAAUGAACUAUCGGGAAAGUUGAUUAUUAAUCCAGCAAGAGAGAAAAUAUCCUUCCAGUUAGCAAGAAUUAGUACCUGAAGGACUGAUAAUAUUGUUCAGGCUGUCGGUGUGGAAUGGCAAAGUCAGGUUUUCUGUAGCGUGUCAGAUGCCUUGCUGAUUGCUUGGUGAAGCCUAGAGCAUGAGCUCCCUCCUGCAAUGUUUACUUAAGUCAAUCUACAUUUGCUUAAAAGUAUGACAGUCUUAAAAUCAGAUAACCUCCUCAAAACUUUCCCAAAAGCCUCUAAGAAUGUCUUCCAAGCAGGCUACCUCUCCCUUUGCAUGUGCAGCUGAUGGAGAGGAAACAAUGACCCAGGACUUAGCAUCAUGUGACAAGGAAGAGGGAAACAAUGAUCAGCAUGCGACCUCUCAUCUGCCUCUACAUAAUGUAAUGCACAACAAACCUCACUCUGAGGAGCUACCAACUCUGGUCACGACCAUUCAACAAGAUCCUGAAUGGGAUGGAGUAAUCUCAGCCCAGCACAGAAUGGAAUCAGAGAGUAAUAAGUUAUGUUCCCUAUAUUCCUUCCGAAAUACCUCUACCUCACCAAACAAGCCCGAUGAUGGAGGUCGUGACCGCAGUGAGCUAAUGACCAGUGUUAAUUUUGGAACGCCAGAACGCCGCAAAGGAAGCCUUGCAGAUGUGGUGGACACACUGAAGCAGAAGAAACUAGAAGAAAUGACCAGGACUGAGCAAGAAGAUUCAUCCUGCAUGGAAAAGCUACUCUCUAAAGACUGGAAGGAGAAGAUGGAAAAAUUAAACACAAGUGAUCUCCUUGGUGAAAUUAAAGGUACACCAGAAAGCCUGGCAGAAAAAGAGCGACAGCUCUCUACUAUGAUCACCCAGCUGAUCAGCUUACGGGAGCAGCUCUUGGCUGCCCAUGACGAACAGAAAAAGCUGGCAGCCUCACAAAUUGAAAAACAACGGCAGCAAAUGGACCUUGCUCGCCAACAGCAAGAACAGAUUGCAAGACAACAGCAGCAACUUCUGCAACAGCAGCACAAAAUCAAUCUACUGCAGCAGCAAAUUCAGCUAACCCAGACACUUGCAAAGAUGUCAAAGCGUAGUUCUCAAGGAAAGCAGGUUCAGGGUCACAUGCCUCCGCUCAUGAUCCCAAUUUUUCCACACGACCAGCGGACGCUGGCAGCGGCUGCUGCAGCCCAGCAGGGAUUCCUCUUCCCCCCUGGAAUAACUUACAAGCCAGGUGAUAACUACCCUGUGCAGUUCAUUCCAUCAACAAUGGCAGCUGCUGCUGCUUCUGGACUCAGCCCUUUACAGCUCCAGCAACUGUAUGCAGCUCAGCUGGCAAGCAUGCAAGUUUCUCCUGGAGCCAAAAUGCCAUCUACUCCACAGCCACCAAAUACAACAGGAGCACUCUCACCCACUGGGAUGAAAAAUGAGAAGAGAGGGACCAGCCCGGUAACUCAAGUUAAGGAUGAAGCAGCCCAGCCACUGAAUCUUUCAGCCCGACCGAAAACAGCUGAACCUGUCAAAUCCCCAACAUCUCCAACACAGAACCUCUUCACAGCUAGUAAAAGCAGCCCAGUGACCGUGAUGAGCAAGAGUGGCAUCCCUAGCCCGCUCAGUGGAUCUCUGGGAAGAGGAUCUUCUUUAGAUAUCCUUUCCAGUCUUAAUUCACCUGCCCUAUUUGGGGACCAGGACACAGUAAUGAAAGCUAUUCAGGAGGCUCGAAAAAUGAGAGAGCAGAUCCAGAGGGAGCAGCAGCAACAACAGCAGCCACAUGGUGUUGAUGGAAAAUUGCCCUCUAUGAAUAACAUGGGUCUAAACAACUGCAGGAAUGAAAAGGAAAGAACAAGAUUUGAAAAUUUAGGCCCACAGAUAACAGGGAAACCAAAUGAAGACGGAAAACUGGGCGCUGGUGUCAUUGAUCUUACAAGGCCAGAAGAUGCAGAAGGAAGUAAAGCAAUGAAUGGCUCUGCAGCUAAACUACAGCAGUAUUAUUGUUGGCCAACAGGAGGUGCCACUGUGGCUGAAGCUCGAGUCUACCGGGAUUCACGGGGCCGAGCCAGUAGCGAACCGCAUAUCAAACGACCAAUGAAUGCUUUCAUGGUUUGGGCAAAGGAUGAGCGUCGAAAAAUUCUUCAAGCCUUCCCUGACAUGCACAACUCCAACAUUAGCAAAAUCCUAGGAUCUCGCUGGAAGUCCAUGUCAAAUCAAGAGAAACAACCUUACUACGAAGAGCAGGCACGGCUAAGUAAAAUCCACCUAGAAAAGUAUCCUAAUUACAAAUACAAACCUCGACCAAAACGUACCUGCAUUGUUGAUGGAAAGAAAUUGCGUAUUGGUGAAUACAAACAACUGAUGAGGUCUCGAAGACAGGAGAUGAGGCAGUUUUUUACCGUAGGACAACAGCCUCAAAUUCCAAUCACCACAGGAACGGGGGUUGUCUAUCCUGGUGCUAUUACCAUGGCGACUACCACGCCAUCACCUCAGAUGACAUCAGAUUGCUCGAGCACCUCUGCCAGCCCUGAGCCCAGCAUCCCUGUCAUUCAGAGCACUUAUGGUAUGAAGACGGACAGCGGAAGCCUUGCUGGAAAUGAAAUGAUAAAUGGAGAGGAUGAAAUAGAAAUGUACGAGGACUAUGAGGAUGAUCCCAAAUCAGACUAUAGUAGUGAAAAUGAAGCCCAUGAGGCAGUCAGUGCCAACUGAGGAGUGUUCACAGAAUUAAACUACUCAGACUCAACUGGAUUUUUUGGGGUUUUUUUUGAACAAAAGUUCUUAAAGAGCCUGAAUGCAUGUGUGGCUCCUACAGUUACAUCAGCAGAAUGGUCUUAAAUGUUUCUUAAUGUGUGAGACAGAUUGUUACCCUAAUUUUUCAUGAACUUGUUUUGUUUUGUUUUGUUGUUUUGUUGGAUUUUUUUUUUAAUUUAGAUGAAGACAUAUAUUAAAUAUCAGACAUCAGGACUUGAAAACUUAUAUGAAUCAAUAGCUGUCUUACAAGUCUUACCUUUUGUCUUUUUUCCGUUUGGAUGCUGAUAAAGGUUUAAGUUACUGUUUUAGAUGGGGGUUAUACAUUCUCACUCAGGUAUGCUGUGCCAGCCUACAGGUUGUGAAUGUGUUUUUAUUCUGGAUUAUUUUAGAAAACAAAAACUGCAGAUUUCAUAUUGCGAAACAGAACAAGUCCACAAGUGUGCACAUCUGUGCAUCAUAGCUUGUCUUGAAAAAAAUAGUCUCUGAAUUCCAUUUUUUUUUCCAUAUGUAUAGCUGAACUUCUGAUGUGCCAAGCUUUUCAUAACUUUUGAAUCUUAACAUUCAAAAAAAGAAAGUCUUAAAGGAGACACUGUAAAGUCUUAGACAAUCCUUUGGCAUCUUAAAAAAAAAUUAUAUAUAAAACCUAAUUUUUUCCAGAAUAUGGUAAAGUACUCAGGAAUCUGGAGACAGGAUAUUCUUAAGUAGUGAAUAUGGUUGCCAUAGUGCAUGUGCCCAAUUGCUUUUGCCUCUUGAUGUGCCAUUAGUGUGACAUUUUAAGUAAGCACAAAAGAGCGAUCACCAGCUAUGGACAGGCCUGUCUUAGCAGUGUGAGGCCACCUCUGAUUACAUUCUCUACCCUUCUGCUUUUAACCCUUGCAUUCAGUCUUAACACAUAUUCUCUUAAAUAAUUUAUUCAUUCCAGAAUGUCAAGGGUCCAAAUACUUAAUAUUUAUUUUUAAAAGUACUGUUGGUGGCAUUACACUUACAAUUCCUUACUGAUAUUUUAAAGAACACGUUCUUUCUCCUCCCCUAAAUCACACAGGGAUAUGAAAAUAAAAGUGCACCUGCUACUAAAAUGAUCGUGACAGUUAUGAAUGAGAAAUUCAGUUGUCCCUGUAACACUGUAUGUUCAAGGAGCACUUGGAAACACUCUGCUAUAUGUAAUGCAAAAUAAAGUGAGUUCUUUUAUAUGUACAUAGAGUACCAAUAUUCCUAAAGAAUUGUGUUUAUAGUUAUAAACCUCUAUACUUGGACAGCAAAGACAGAUAUAAAAUCCAUCAUGAUGAACUUUUAGGGCCUGUAGAAUCCUGCAGUGAAUCAUAGCUCUGUAUAUCAUGUUCCUAUUGUCACCUGAAGGAACUGUUUGCUACCUUAAGUAUUUAUGUAGUGAUUUAUAUGUGAGACUUCUAAUGGGUGAGGGAAAGCCACGAAAAUACCUGACUUGCAGAGCUGGGAAAACGGUGCAUCAAAUGUAUUUACUGAAUACUAGUCAUGUGGAAAUGUGCGCCAGAUAUGGAUGAAUGCUUGUCAAGUGCUUUGGGAUCUUUGGAUGUAAGGUGCUAUAGAAACUAAAAUUUGUAUUUGCAUUGCCUCUAGAAACAAUGCAAUUGCUGGAGACAAAUCUGGGAAAUACACAAGAGAUAGAAAUUUGAAGACUGCAAAUUGAUUGCAUUUAAGACAGAGAAGAAACUGCCUUUAUUUUUUUCCCCUCAUACUCCACUCCUGUUCACAAAUACAUCACUGUAUAUAUAUGUGUAUAUGCAGAUUCAAUGGGCCUGAUGAUAUAUGUGCUGAAGCUGAAGUUCCUCCACUCUCUUAGCUUUUAUUUUUCAUUGGAUAUGUUCAGCACAUUGGUGAUAAAUUCAGACUCAGGCUGAGAGGUAUGAGUGGGCAUAGAGCAGCUCCUCUUGAAGUCUGUGGGAAUCUUCCUACAGAGGUGAACAGGCUUUUUUAGGGCCCAGACAAUGAAAGUACAGUGUUAAUGUUGGCUGUCCUUGUACUAUCAUCCUCUCUCGCAGAAAUUCAUGUAAGCUGCAAUGACAAGAUGCUGUAUUGGGAGCAGUCAGUUUCCUCAUAGCUCCACUAAUACCUAUUUGGGCAGAGACAGCCGUUGCUGCCACUGUAGGAAUCACAAUUCUGUGUGUAAGACAACCCCCAAGACAAAUGGGAUUGUUCAAUUUAUAAAGAAAAUGGCAUAGAAACACAAUGGUCAAAUUUCUCUGACCAUUUUGUAAUUUGGAACAAAAUGCUAUAUUUUUAAUAUUUAUUUGUGUUCUGAGUCCAUGUCUAAUAAGCAAUAAACUGGUCUAGCCAAGACUUUAAAGGCAUAUUCUGUGUCGUUAGCUGGUGAGCGCCCUCUUUAAGCUAGCUAAGGUACUGAUAGAAAGUGUUUUUUUGUUAUUAUUGCUUGGGAAUUUGAACUGGUUUUAAUUCAUUCAACUCAGAUGAGGGGGAGGAUAUCAUUAUUUCCUAAAAUAAUGACUAUUUAUUAAUGUCUUACAUAAUUCUCCAGUUAGAAUUAUUUCUCCCUCCCCCCCCAUGUCACUUUCUCUUUUUUUCUGUUUUUGUUGCAUAGGUAGAAUGCUGUAUUGCUAGCAUUGUAUUUUAUGUAAUUUUUUUUUUUUUUUUUGCGCAAAGGCAAACAUUUAGGUUAGUUGGUUAAUUUUUUUAAAUUUUAUGACCAUGCCAAAAUAAUAUUCUGCAGGCUUGUGGAGAACAAAGGACUGUUCUUUAGGACUGAAACUUGAUUUUGCUUGUAGUACAAAAAAACACACACUCACAGAUGUUGUUUCGUAAGUGUUAUAAGCACUGGAUAUAAAUGGUAUUUUUUAUCACUUCUGACUAAUGUGAAACUGUUGUACGAAAACUACAUGAACAAAAGUCAUCUGUUUCGACUCGUGUGGGCCUGCCUCACAGUUGCCGGACUUGAGUCAUUUUUAUGUCUUGUUAUUUCAUUUAUUUAUGCAAAGUACAUGUAUGUAUGAACACUUUGUUUUAGCUCCAGCCCUGCCUCCGUGCUGAUGCUUUGUAUGUUAAAGCCACAUUCUUGAAAAUGACUGGCUGUUCAGGAAUUGCCGGCUGGUUAAAAAUUGCAUUUAUUGGCUGGGAGAGUGGGAGGAACAUAUUUCAAUCUGAAUCGUGCCUGUGAGCAUUUUAUUCUAUUUAUUAGCCAACAUUGGCUCUAAAAUGUCAGUAGAAAUCAAGAAAGGACAAUCAUAAGGGUAAAA